AGAGAGGCGGGACGGAGAUGGACAUCCGGAUCCGGAGCGGCUGAAAGGCGGAAGUGGAGGCCGGAGCCUGGGACACUGCCGGGGGGAGAGGAGCGGAGCCUGUCCGAGCCCCGGCCCGGAGUAACGCCGUCGCCCCGGAGCCGCGUUGGAGACCCCUUCCCCACUAAGUGCCUCUUUGCGUAGCAGCGGCCCCUGCCCCCACGCUCACUGGUACCACUACAGCGGGACGGGCCAUGGCGGGUCGGGGAGCUGCAGCACGACCCAAUGGACCAGCCGCUGGGAACAAGAUCUGUCAGUUUAAGCUGGUCCUGCUGGGGGAGUCCGCGGUGGGCAAAUCCAGCCUUGUCCUUCGCUUUGUCAAGGGACAAUUCCACGAGUACCAGGAGAGCACAAUUGGAGCGGCCUUCCUCACGCAGACUGUCUGCUUGGACGACACAACAGUCAAGUUUGAGAUCUGGGACACAGCUGGACAGGAGCGGUAUCACAGCCUGGCCCCCAUGUACUAUCGGGGGGCCCAGGCUGCCAUCGUGGUCUAUGACAUCACCAACACAGAUACCUUUGCACGGGCCAAGAACUGGGUGAAAGAGUUACAGAGACAGGCCAGCCCCAACAUUGUCAUCGCGCUCGCGGGUAACAAGGCGGACCUGGCCAGCAAGAGAGCCGUGGAAUUCCAGGAAGCACAAGCCUAUGCAGAUGACAACAGUUUGCUGUUCAUGGAGACAUCAGCAAAGACCGCAAUGAACGUGAAUGAAAUUUUCAUGGCAAUAGCUAAAAAGCUCCCCAAGAACGAACCCCAGAAUACAGCUGGUGCUCCAGGCCGGAACCGAGGUGUGGACCUCCAGGAGAACAAUCCAGCCAGCCGGAGCCAGUGCUGCAGCAACUGAGCCCCCCUUGCCUGCCCACUGCUCCCAUCUCCUUUGCCUGAAUGACCCGACUGGAAUCCACUCUAACCAAUCGCAUUUAACGACUCGGGCACUGCUGGGGUGGGCGGCAGGGGGAGAGCUCCACCAUGAUUUCUCCAUAUAAUUUUGAUCAUAGGCCAGAGUGAGUUAUUCCACCUGCACCUUUCUGUACAAAUACUAAUUCAAUUUUAAGUCUUAAGUCACUUUUUUAAUAUAUAAGAUCUUUUGCUCUUCCCACUUCCUCCCUUUCUACUGCUCCCCCACUUUUCCUUCGCUGGUAGUAGCCACCUGCUCCUGUUCCCCCUGCCCUUGUAUCUGAGGACAGGAGGGUGGAGCAGUUACCCUUCCUUUCCCUCUUGCUGAAUAGCAGGCCCAGUAAGAGCAUCCUCACCCUUACCUUGGGCUUGGUUUGGGGUGGUGGGGAAGGCCGUAGGGGUGAGGGAAGGGAGAGGAAGCUCUUCCCUCAGCUGGCUGUCCUCGGGCUGCAGCCCACCCCCCUUCACAGCAGGGAGAGACACCACAUUACCACAAUGAAUUAUUACAUGAAUUAUUGUGACAGCCACGAACCCAUCAGCCCCACCCCACCCCCCUUGGUCACCCUGACCUCUGGCUUUGAAGCCCUCUUCUGACCAAAUCACGAUGAUGAGUAUUCAGGGGGGGGUGGGUAAGGGGGGGGCGUGGAAGGGGAUGGAACCAACUUUUUCUGUAUUUUGUAUUGUAUGUUUUCUUCAACAUGUAACCAAUCAGUAUCUUGUCAAUAUAGUCAGCCGAUCGAUCGACCUUG